AACUGCGACAAGCGGCCUUGUUUGAACGAAGUGGGUGUCAUUUGGAGCGCUGGACCUUUUUUUUUUUUGUUUUUGGUGACAAAGCUACUGCACAGCCACUCCGCUCUCGGGACUUGCAAAGGGUGAUUGAGCAAAGGAAGAUAUUUGAGAGAGCGGUGUACCGUCCUUUCUGACAGGACAUUAGCACCGCAACAGUAUAAACAACCAUGGCUCCAAGACGAUUUUGUUCCACAUGUAACCGGCACACCGAGGUCGAGCACGAUGAUGCCAUGGGGCAUGUCGUUUGUACCGGAUGCGGUGGAGUUAUGGAAGAAAAUGCUAUUGUGGCUGAAGUUUCGUUUAUGGAGAAUGCAAAGGGGGCGGCGAUUGCUGAGGGGUUUAGUAUGGGGAAAGAUAAAGCGAGGGUGUCUCGUACGGCGCAAGGAAAAGGGGGCAAGUCCAUGUUGGGCGGACAGGAAUCGCGAGAAACCACCAUCCAAAACGGCCAUAGACGUAUCCAAGAUAUCGCCUACCAAUCCCAAAUCCAAAUGAACGCCCGCCAAAUCGAAUCCGCGCAACGAUGGUUCAACCUUGCUGUUAUUAACAACUUUACCAAAGGUCGGAAAUUGAAUAAUGUUGCUGCGGCGUGUUUGUAUGUUGUUUGUCGAAUGGAUAAGACGGCGCACAUGUUGAUUGAUUUUUCGGAUGCCUUGUCGACAAACGUGUACCAACUCGGCGCAACAUUCCUCAAACUCGUCCAACUCUUACACCUCAACCUCCCCCUCGUCGACCCCGCCCUCUACAUAUCCCGCUUUGCAGCCCGACUCGAAUUCGAAGACAAGACGCCCCUCGUAAUCAAGGAUGCGAAUCGCCUUGUACAGCGCAUGAAUCGGGAUUGGAUACAGGCUGGGCGGCGACCGGCUGGGAUUUGUGCUGCGUGUUUGUUUAUUGCGGCGAGGAUGAAUGGGUUUAAACGAACACACCGUGAAAUUGUUAUUGUGGUUAAAAUCUGUGAAGCGACGCUUCGAAAACGAUUAAAAGAAUUUCAAUCGACACCCUCGGCCAACCUCUCUGUCGAACAAUUCCAAACGAUAUGGCUCCCAGAUGAAUCCAAUCCCCCUGCUUUUGGGACAAAACGUAAACUUGAUGAAGCAGAAGAUGAUGAUACAGUUGAUGCUGCAGGUGAACCCGAUCAAGAAGAGUUGGACAUGUUGAAUGAGAUUCGGGAUAUUUUGGCGAGACCUGAUACGCAAGAUCUCGUCCGGUCCGAAAAUGUGGAUCCCAUGGAAAAUGAACCUAGUCUCUCCGACCUGGACAAUGACCCCGAAAUCGUCAACAUCCUCGGUGUAACACAAGAAGAAGUUGAAUUAAAAGAAAUGAUUUGGAUGGAAGAAAACCAGGAUUGGAUACUCAAGCAACAACUAAAAGAACAAACCAAAACAACCACCACCAAAAAACAACGAAAACCCCGACACCGUAAACCCAAACAAGCCCUCCCACCCGCCCAAUCCCCGGCCGAAGCCACCAAAAACCUCUUGAAUACCAAACCCCGCGCCUCCAAAAAAAUUAAUUACGAUGUCAUUGAGUCGUUGUUUGAUGUGGAUGAUGAUGAGAUUCGGAAACGGGUUGCUAGUGUCAGUGGGAAGGGGUACUCUGGGAUGAGUGUUACCGGGUUUGGAAGGGGUGGUGAUGAGGAUGUUGGUGAUGGUGAGGAGGCUGGAGAGGAGGAGGGUGGGUAAUGUGUCGAAUCGUUGCUAGCCCCUGCCAGGGUGGGGUAUGAGUGUUACGAGAGGGCUGUUGAGGACGAGUGGGUAAUGUGUGUUUGGGUAUGUAUAGGUGACGAUAGGAAAGGGAGUUGGCAACUUGUAUAUAAACCGUCUUUCACAUAUUUUUUUGUUCGCAAUAACAAAAAAAGGCACUGCACUACAUACCAAA